CAAAACAUGACUAAGUAGAAUGAGUGAUAUUGGAUGUGCUGAUCGCGCGGUAUAAUUUGAACUUUUGCUCAGUUCAACUGUUCAGGUUAUCGUACAUUUUUCUGUUGUUAUGUCUUACCAACCUUGAAAGCAGACGAAUUAUCAGCUGACAGUUUGCUGUGGUUGUGGCGCUCGAAAUGAUAGCAUAACGGCAACGUGGGUGCCUUCCGGGCUUCGUGUGCCACUUAAUGUGAAAGGUGACUUUCACGGAAACAGAAGUUGACGUGUUGAAUAGAUAUUGUUGUAUGUGUUCCUGCGACUUUUAACGUCUUGCAAGCUGUGACAUUUUCUCAACGAGAGUUUACUCCGCCAGUUGGAUUAACUGUCAAUUUUGUAGAGUUAUUAGUUUUUGACAGUGACAUUAACUUUUAUUACAAUAUGAAUCGGAAACAGAAAGAUCUGUCUGUUGACAGUGCCAAAGCGAAUGGAAUUUCAGAACACAAAUUUCAGAGUGGAAAUUCCGAAUCAAAACCAAAAUCUCCAGAUAAUAGUGGUGUAGUUUAUCAAGUUUUCAUUUCAUUAUUAUUGGAUUUAUUGGCUUUCACCAUGAUACUGCCUCUCUUUCCAUCAAUUCUUGAUCAUUACAGACUUAAUGAUAGCCCAGAUGGUCUAUAUCCAUGGCUUCUGAAGCAAAUCAAAUUAUUUCAGCAAUUAACUGGAACUCCAGAUAGAUUUAGUUCUGUGUUAUUUGGUGGUUUUCUUGGUUCCAUGUUUUCAUUAUUACAGUUUUUGGCUUCGCCCCUUAUUGGUGGUAUUUCAGAUGCAUAUGGUCGUAAGCCAGUAAUGAUUUGUUGCCUUAUUGGUAUUGCGUCUUCAUAUGUUCUUUGGGCAUUAUCCAAGAACUUUGCAUUUUUUGUUGUUGCAAGGAUUAUUGGUGGAAUUAGUAAAGGAAAUGUGAGCUUGUCGCUUGCAAUUGUUGCUGAUGUUUCAACACCAAAAACUAGAGGGCGUGGAAUGGCUCUGGUGGGUGUUGCUUUCUCAGUGGGCUUUAUUGUUGGACCAGUAAUUGGAGCUGCAUUUGCUCAUUGGUCUCAUGGUCAAACUGGAAACUGGUAUGUUGUGCCAGCCUCAUUUGCUUUGGGACUGGCUGUAAUGGAUGUAUUCUAUGUUACAAUGUUUUUAAAAGAAACAUUACCAAAGGCAAAUCGAAAAAAGUCUGUUAUCACUAGUUUGAAUCAGGCAGUGGCCUAUAUAAAUGUAAUCGAUUUAUUUCAAUUCCGUGCUGUCAAGGAAAUUCAGAAGAAAGCCUGAUGAAAUUUUUACAAGGUUCUGAAGGAACUGUAUACUGUGUGUUGUGGAAAUUUUGUGUCCAUCAAACCAGUAAUGCUACCCAAUCAAGAGGAAUCUUCAGAUCACCUUAGAGGAAGUUGGGAUUCUUGGGUGCAUAACUGUAAGCCAUAACUAUUAUAUAAUUGUUAUGAAGCUUGCAACAUAUUAUUUUAUAGAACAAUACUAGUUCUAAUUUUAACUAUAAAUAUUAAUUUUCUGGUGCUUUAAUUAAACUUGUAAAACUGUUAUCAAUCAGUCAAUCAUUAAAAUAUUUACUUUGAAGGAAAUAUAACUUUUUAUAAGUUAUAUUGAUUCAGAACACUAGUUAAUGUUGUAUCAGAAUAGCCUUCGUUGGCUGGGUUAUGUUUAUUUUAUCUACCUCUUCUUGUAUUCUGGCAUGGAAUUUACUCUUACUUUCUUAACGCAUCAUAAGUUCAACUAUACGUCAAUGCAACAAGGUUGGAUGUUUUUUGUUAUUGGCUUGACAAUGGCACUAAUGCAAGGAUUCUAUGUGCGAAAACUUCCUGAAGACAAGAUGGCAUCUACUACCAUUUGGGGAUUGUUCUUGAUUAUACCGGCAUUUAUUUCUGUGGGUCUGGCGUCAUCCCCUAUUCUGCUGUAUUUCGGACUAUUUCUAUUUGCUGUCUCGACUGCGAUGGUUGUGCCAUGUAUCACCACUCUUGUGUCGAAGUAUGGUUCCAAUAAUGAGAAGGGUACAGUGAUGGGCAUUUUCAGAUCAUUAGGUGCAUUGGCACGUGCAGUAGGUCCUGUUAUUGCUUCAGUUGCGUAUUGGAGCAUUGGUUCUACUCCCACAUACCUUACAGGUGGUUUGCUGUUAACCAUACCCUGGCUAAUGUUGAAGAUGAAAUUUUCAUGAAUACUGCUUAUAUUUAUAAAAAUGAAUGAAUUACUGACUUUAGUAAUUUUAUAUAAAGAAAAUUUAUUUAUAUUACAUUUAUAAAUAUAUUUCAUUUUUAAUUGUUCUCAAGAUUGUACAGUAUAUACUGAAAAUCCUUCCUAUCCUGGAAAAUUAGGUAUGUUUCAACAUGAAGGGAGAUAAUGACAUCUUGUUAAUG